AUGUUGAUGAGUGUGUGAAUACAUCUGUGUGUGGAGAACACGCCUUCUGUCAGAACCUGCCGGGCUCGUAUCAGUGUGUGUGUGACCAAGGAUUCACCUCCACCUCCGACGGGAAGAACUGCCAGGAUGUGGACGAGUGUGUGUUUCUUCCCGGUGUGUGCGGUUCUGCUCGUUGUGAGAACGUUGAGGGGUCCUUCAUGUGUGAAUGUGACCAACUGGGUCACGAGUUUGAUACCGGCAGCAGGAAGUGCGUCAACACGGCUCCACAAGGAGAGAGCGUCUCCUCCUCCUCCUCCUCCUCCUCCUCCUCCUCCUCUUCCUCCCCCUCCUCUUCCUCCCCCUCCCCUUCCUCCCCCUCACCCCCCCUCCCUGCUGCUGGUCCAGGUGAGCUCAGAGAGUGUUACUAUAACCUGGCAGAGUCUGGUACCUGCAGCCUGCUGGUCUCUAACAGCAGCCAUCAGGAGUGCUGCUGCACCGUGGGGGGUGGCUGGGGGCUGGGCUGCCAGUACACCACCUGCCCACACACACACUCAGACGACUUCCUGUCUCUGUGUCCCAGCGGGAGAGGAUACAUCACUACAGGACCGGGAGCCUUCAGCUACACAGAUGUGGACGAGUGUAAGCGUUUCCACCCGGAGGUUUGUAAGAACGGAGUGUGUGUGAACAACAUCCCCGGAUACAACUGCUACUGCUCCAGUGGAUACGUUUACAACAGCACGCUGCUGGAGUGUGUCGAUCACGAUGAGUGUGAGGAGGAGAGCUGUGUUGGAGGACUGUGUGUGAACACGGUAGGCUCGUAUUACUGCAGCUGUCCUCAUCCUCUGCUGCUGGACGACACGCAGAGGAACUGUGUCAACUCCUCUCACCUCCAAACAGAUGAGUCUCUCUCUCUCUGCUGGCAGCAAGUGACAGCUGACCUGGUGUGUCAGAGCCCCCUGCUGGGCGCUCAGCUCCCGUUCUCUGACUGCUGCUGUCUGUACGGACAGGGCUGGGGCAUGGAGUGCGCCCUCUGCCCCCCCCACCGACUCCGAGGACUACGCCGCUUUGUGCAGUUCGUUCUUCCCGGCGUUCCCGGAGAGUUUCCCAGACUCCGAAACAGAGACAGGAAGAGGAGGUGGAGGAGGAGGAGGAGGAGGAGCUCCUCCUUACUUCCCCCCCUACAGUCCUGACCCCCCUGAGUACGAGGAUUUCUCCCCAGCAGGGGGCAGCAGAGGACGGAACUCCUUCAGCCUGCCGGAGGGGGGGGGCUACCCCCGGCAGCCCGAUUACAGCACCGGUUACUACUCUGAG